AUGACCCACACAGCUUUCCAUGCUGGCCAUGUCAGCAAGACGUGUCGCUGUGCUUGUAGACAACAGAAGCUCCACUGUGGCGAUGGUCAGAACUUGGUGACGGAGGAUGUGACAGUGGUGGAGGGGGACGUUGCCACCAUCAGCUGCCGCGUCAAGAACAGCGACGACUCGGUGAUCCAGCUCCUGAACCCCAACAGGCAGACCAUCUAUUUCAGAGACUUCAGGCCCCUGAAGGACAGCAGGUUCCAGCUGGUGAACUUCUCCAACAGCGAGCUCCGAGUGUCCCUGACAAACGUCUCCAUCUCUGAUGAAGGGAGGUACUUCUGCCAGCUCUACACCGACCCCCCCCAGGAAAUAUACACCACGAUUACGGUGCUCGUCCCACCACGCAAUUUGGUAAUUGAUAUCCAGAAAGAAACCGCCGUGGAGGGAGAAGAGAUCGAGCUGAACUGCACUGCCAUGGCCAGCAGACCAGCCACCACCAUCAGAUGGUUCAAAGGCAACAAGGAGCUAACCGGCAAGUCAGAGGUGGAGCAGUGGUCUGACAUGUACACGGUGACCAGCCAGCUCCUGCUGAAGGUGGGGCGGGAGGACGACGGGGUCCCUGUCAUCUGCCUGGUGGAUCACCCUGCGGUCAAAGACUUGCAGACACAGCGCUACCUGGAAGUCAUGUAUAAGCCUCAAGUGCGGGUUUCUCAGAAUUACCCCUUGCAAGGCCUGACGAGAGAAGGGGAGCCGCUGGAGCUGACAUGCACAGCCUUUGGAAAGCCACAGCCUACGGACAUGAGGUGGUUAAGAGUAGAUGAUGAGAUGCCUCAACACGUUGUAGUGUCUGGUUCAAACCUUCUCAUUAGUAACCUAAACAAAACAGAUAAUGGUACAUACCGCUGUGAGGCUUCCAACGCGGUGGGGAAAUCACAUGCGGAUUACAUGCUGUUUGUAUACGAUCCCCCCACAACUAUCCCUCCUCCCACAACAACCACCACCACUACCACCACCAUCCCUACCACCAUCACAGACACAACGGCGACGACAGAACCGGCAGUUCACGGCUUUACUCAGUUGCCCAAUUCGGCCGAGGAGCUGGACUAUGGGGAUCUCUCAGAUUCCCGCGCGGGUGAGGAGGGGGCGAUUCGGAGCGUGGACCACGCCGUGGUUGGCGGCGUCGUUGCCGUCGUUGUCUUCGCGAUGCUUUGCCUACUCAUCAUUUUAGGGCGAUAUUUUGCCAGACAUAAAGGUACAUACUUCACUCAUGAAGCCAAAGGAGCAGAUGAUGCGGCCGACGCAGACACAGCCAUCAUCAACGCAGAGGGGGGACAAAACAACUCCGAGGAAAAGAAAGAGUACUUCAUCUAGAGCAGCCUUGGUUCCCAUGAGGUGUCCAACCGUGGACGGUUACUACUGGCCCUAUUUAAACGCUACAGAGACAGUGAUCUUGGAAGUUGCAACCAGCUUGUGUCUUUUUUUUUUUAAGGAAAAAAAAGCAAAUGGGUGGAGAGCGGUGAGGCCGGGAGGGUCCGGGAUUCGCUGUGUAAAAAUAUUCCUCGUAAAGUACACUCUGCUGUUCGACACCUCAGUUCGUUUGGGUUUUCUUUUUUUGGCCAAGUCCAGCUUGGAUUUAGUUUAGUGAAGUCAUUUGCAGAAGAUUCUGUGCCUUGUUUAAUUUCUGUUCGUUCGGGUCGGGGGGAGGCUGGGAAGAAGAGGGGCUUCUGUGCGUUAGUUCCCUUCGGGUUUCUGUGGCUCUUCGUUUCCCCUUUCCUGUUUCUGGAGUUGCCAGCUGGGACCCCGUGGAGUAGGUGCGUUUCUCUGAAGGUGUUUCCCCUUUUUUCUCUUCACCGGUUUCCGUUCAGAACUCGAGCUCAUCGGAGGAGAACCAGCACAUUUUAGAUGCGUAGUUUGCAGUUCAGUGUGCCCGUGUCCCGUUCCCCUGUCACCGUCAAGGCUCGGGUAACACCCCCCGAGCCCCUCUUUGUGGCUGUUUCAGGUGCUUUCAAUGGUGGCGGCUGGGAAAUGGGCUGGAGCUCGGCAGAGGUGCUGCUCGGCCACGGGGACGCAGGAGUGGGCUCCUUGCUGGGCAGGCAGAGCCCUCCCGGGCGCAGGGGCAUCUCCUCAUCCUCUCCUGCUCGGCAGCCGCAGGGGCAGCAGGUAAAGCCCCUCUGAUGUGUGAGCCCAGACCUGGAGAGCAGCUGGAUGAACAAAACUGCCUUUUUUUCUACCCGCUAAGUAAAACGUGGGAAUUCGCGUUAACACGAGCGUGCUAAUGACCACUAAAGCCAUAGGUGCACGGGAGACUCUGGCUCAGUCGGAAUCAGAAGCAGCAGGUAGCAAACCGCAGCGGGAGGACGGUAUAAAGUUAUAGAUGCUGACUUUUUUUUGGUGAGUAAUCAUGGAUUUCGAGCGAUACUUUUUUUAAUUGUGUUUACGUGGCAAAUGUAUCUGAUUUAUUUAAGGGAAGCAUUAAUCUUAGCGUCAGGUUUUGGGGACUUUUUAGGGGUUUUCGGGGCGGGGGGGGCAUUUUUGUGCGUUCGUUUUUUAAUUGUUGUUUUUGGUAGGAUCAUUACAGUGCGGGAUUCCUUUGGGAACGGGGCGGGGCCUGACGCAGCGAGCGAGCCCGUUCCCGGGCAGUAUUCCGUCUUUCCCCUUCUCUUCACGAGCAGAACCUCGCGAAACGCCCUUUUUUCCCGAGCAGAUUUUGCCGAGCGCAGCUCUGUCCUGAGCCCUCAGCACCAUUGCCAAACCCCAUCGCGGUGAGAAGCAGCCAGGUCGGGGCCGGGGGCUCCGUGGCCCGGCGGUGGCGGGACGGGACGGGCAUCCUGGCCUUGAGCAGCCCAUCUUUGUUUGGAAGUGUACCGUAGUGCAGUGUUACCGAUGUAACUUUGACUUACAAUGUUGACAUGUCUCAGGUUCAUGUGUUUGAUUGGUGUUUUCCGUCUCAGGUAGAUUGCAAAAAUUUCGGCCCCACGCAUUGGAAAAAAAAUGGAAAAAAAAAAAAACCACAUAAAAACAGGAGAAAAAAAAACAGGAAAAUAUGAAUUUUAGUUGUAUAUCGGUUUAUGUAUUUUUUCUUCAGUAUACAGUGCACUGUUGAAAUGUAUUGUUGAGUAUUACUUUGUACAGCUUUAGAUCAUUAGGAUUUUGAAGCGUGAAGAAAGAACAACCUUGUUUAAAGGAGGAUCACAAAUGAAGGACGCGAAACUGAUGAUAAACAACCUUGUUCUUUAUUUACCCGGCCUUUUUAUUUUUUCCCCUUAGGCCAGUUCUGUUUUAAGGUGUCCAUGGAAGAUGUUACAGUGUAAGAAAAUACAUAUCCAUCUGUUCCCAUUCACAUUUUGUAUUGGUUCAUGUAUCCCAUUUUUACAAAGGAAAAGAAGUACUAUAAAAAUAUCUGUCUUCUUAAUAAAAAAAAAUUAAUGUUACAAAACUA